AUGCCAUCGAUAUUCGGCAAGAUUGGCAGAAAGUCGAAUCCAUACAUGGACACCCAGCGCUUCGAUUUUGAGCCCAUGCCACAAGGCCGAUCAACACAAACAACCGCCUCGACGACUCCAUCUCACCCUGUCAAGAACCUACGUGCAGUCUCGCCGCGUGGCGCGUCAGAUCUUCUGGCCGAUGCCCGAUUAGCUGUCGGUCGUGACCCAGUCACUGGACGACGGCGUCCCGAUAUAGCUACCAUGACAGCGAGUGAACGAGAUAUUUUUGAGAGGGAAUUCACUGGGCAAUUGAAAGAAUUGGAAGAGAGAAGGAGGAUUGCAUAUCAAAGCCUAGCAAGUGUUAAGAACUCCCCGGGCGAACGGUUCGAUCGAUGGUUGCGAAAGAUGCCAGCCAACAAGUACACGCCUGCCAAGGCGACGGCGACGAGACAGGAACCUGUCUAUCGCGACGCCAUGGGUAAUGAAAUCGAGUAUUAUGCGCCUACGAGAAGGAUUGGGUAA